AUGAUAACCUACUCGGAUCUGAAACUGGAUUCUUCUAAACAUGGAGACAAAGUCAGACAGAAGGAAAUGACAGCUUACUCUGAGCUGAAGUUUCAGAACCAGGCUGAGCAGCAGAGAGGCCAAAGAUUUCAGGAAGCAGGCAGCAGAGGUGCUGGAGGCAGCCCAAGCCCAUCAAGGAGAAAUAAAGCUCCACCUCAUCGACAGCAGUGUGCUACAGUUAUUCUUGGGAUUCUCUGUCUGGUUUUGUUGAUAGCAACAGGAGUUUUGAGUUACUAUGUUUUAGUUAUGGAGCUCAGCCCAGGAAAGGGAAACAGCAGUGAGCAGCCGCCAUCCUGCCGAAGCCAGCAGCCAGGCCUUCCCGAAAUGCCAGAUGAACAGCCUGGUGAUACAGGGCGGAAGUGUCCAGCAUGGUGGACUACUGCUGAGGGCACGUCCUAUCUCUUUACUCCUGAGAAAGGAACUUGGGAACAUUGUAAAUCCUCCUGCAUGUCUCAGUCUGCCUGGCUGCUCAGCAUUGAGAACAGAAAAGAGCUGGAUUUCAUAAAACAAGAAUUAUAUCAAUAUUAUGAAGAUCGUAAGAGUGUUACCUGGUACUACCCAUUCUGGAUUGGACUGUCAUAUUAUCCUGGAUCCAGGAAGUGGGUCUGGGAAGACAACACAGAUCUCUCCUCUGGCCUGUUUGAUCUCCAAGACCCCAGUCAUCAGAAUGAUCAGGGCAGAGUUUGUGUCUAUGUCCAAGGUGGGAAAGCUAAGCCUGGAGCCUGUGGAGAAACUCACUUCUGCAUUUGUGAGAAGGAAAAAAAGUAGAGACACAUUAAUGGGAAAAAAGUGGGAAUGCCAGCCUGAGAUGCUACAUAGACACAGGAAAACAUAAUUUCUUUCUGCCCCCUCUGGACUUUUGUGUGUGUGCCUGUUUCCUGGGUCUCCCCAGCAACAAAGCUGCCUGUGCUGGAGCCAACAGACAUGUAUAGGGCCCUCCUGCUUACAUCCCCA